AUGAAAAACACCACUUGCCACCUCCCCAAUGGCCUCACCUUUAACGUAUCACCCGUUUUUGGUGGGGUUACCUUCAAAUCCACCGAUUUCAACGUCCAGCGAAACUCCACCUUCCCCCCAGGCUGGACGAUCAUCAUCAACACCGAAAAGGCUCACGUAGAUGGAUCAGAGCAGGAUCAGGACGAUGGUCACUUCACGCGCUUCACCACCCCAACCUUGAACCGCGACUCCCUCUACAUCUCGUACAUAGUCAACCCACCAUCUAGCGAUUUCAAGCCCGUGACCUCGCCGACGCGCCAAAUCGCCAUGAUGCUCUGGGCAACGCUGUGGUGGUACUUCCAUGAGCCUGAACCGGACCUACACGUCGAGACCGCUGCAUCAAGCAUGAACCCGCGCGACGGCCGACCAAAGGGCGACUGGCGCAUCAACAUCAAGCGCGAGGGAAUCUUCAAAGGCCGCAAUCUGUUACAGAAACUUGAGCGCAUGGGUCUCAUUGCCACCGAAGAUUCCACAGUGGGCUUACAGCCCGUCGAGUCGAGAGACUGCAGCAGCUGGUCUAACAUGUUCGUCAGCCGACGUAGCUUCUGGCAGCUCGACCCCCGCCUAUUCCUCUUCACUCUCACCCCGCGCGGGGCUCCCUCCUCGCCAACCUUCCAGUCUCGCAGUGCAUCUCCAACCCGCGACGGUCUCCCCAGUGUUGCGACCCUGUCGUUGGCCCCAACAGAAGCAACCUUCCACACGGCUAACCUCGCCCCCUUCACCUCCCCGGGCCCUUUCACUUCCGGAAGCCACUUACCAACUUACUACCCGCCCGCGCCGACGCAAUACACGUCCACGAAUGGAACUCGGCAUCCCAUUCGCCCGAAGCCGCCUCAUCAGGGGGAGGUCUUCUACGUGCGCUACAUCCCCAGUUUGCAGCAGUAUCUCUCGUUCCGCGUGCCAUUCGUGCCAAUGAUCAAGUCCGACGGUAGUCGGCCAGGCACCCCAAUCAGCUCGGCGGUGACAGGCAUCGACCAGCAUCUCGCAGAGGAUAUUUCCUCGGACGUGGAUACCUUGCACCGAUGGAUGAAUGUUCCUCGCGUAGAAGCGAUGUGGGCGGAAGGCGGGCCGAGGUCCGCGCAGGAGAAAUUCCUCAUUGACAACCUGACGAGCCGACACAAAUUCCCUGUAAUCGGAUGCUGGGACGGCAAGCCCUUUGGGUAUUUCGAGAUAUACUGGGUGAAGGAAGACCGACUGGGCCGUUUGAUGGACCACGUGGGUAACUACGACCGUGGAAUUCAUCUGCUUGUUGGCGAGCAGGAAUUCCGUGGCGCGCACCGCGUCGCAGUAUGGCUGAGUGCAUUGGUGCACUAUUGUUUCCUGUCGGACAUGCGGACCGAGUCUGUCAUCUUGGAGCCGCGCGUCGACAAUAUCAAGCUCAUUAAUUAUCUUCAAGAAGCAGGCUUCUACAAAGAAGGCGAGGUCAGCUUCCCGCACAAGCAGUCCGCCAUCAUGAGAAUCAAGCGCGAUUACUGGGAGGCCCCGGCGAUUUGA